AUUACAUUGCUAACAUUCAGAUUGUGGAAAAGCUCCAAUGGUAUGUGCAAGAUGGUGACACGAUAGUUGACUUCUGUUGUGGAGCAAAUGAUUUCAGUAGAUUAAUGAAAGAAAAGCUUGAGAUAGCGGGGAAGAAGGCAUCAUUCAGAAAUUAUGAUCUGUUGCAACCAAAGGAUGAUUUCAAUUUUGAACAGAGGGAUUGGAUGACAGUGCAGCUAGAAGAAUUGCCUGAAGGGCCUAAAUUGAUCAUGGGGCUCAAUCCUCCAUUUGGAGUCAAAGCAUCUCUUGCCAAUGCAUUCAUUGACAAAGCCCUUACGUUCAAGCCGAAACUCCUGAUCCUUAUUGUUCCCAAGGAGACAACAAGGCUGGAUAGGAAACAUCCACCAUAUGAUCUAAUAUGGGAAGAUGACAAAAAACUUUCAGGAAAGUCAUUUUACCUGCCUGGAUCCAUAGACCUGGAAGACCAACAACUGGAGCAAUGGAACUUGAAACCUCCACCACUCUCAUUAUGGAGCCGUUCUGAUUGGACUAUGAAACACCAGGAAAUAACCAUCAGGUACAAUCUCAUGCCUGUUGAUUACAACUCUGCUGCUACUCAAGAUGGAUGCGGUGCUUCACCAUGUGGUUGGAGAAAUGUUCAGAAAAAAAUUAAGUCUUAUAAGAAGAGUGUGAGAUUCAAGGAUGAAGUGGGUAUGUUAUCCACGAACAAGUCCUCACAUGAGAGCAUUUCUCCUUCAAUUGCAAGAUCUGAAGCAUCAGAAUUACCCUCAGCGGGAGAAAUCAAUCGAAGUUCCUCCAAAUUACCUACUGAAGGGUAUCGGCAGAUACUGAGUAGAUUAUAUGGCAGACGAGCCACUGCUGAUCCAUCACCACUAAAUGAUCAUGUUGGUGGUGAAUCUGAUAUUGCAAUGGACAAGGUAGCUAGUCCUCCUUCAUAAACAGAUUGGUCUGAGAGCUCAAAUGUUGUGUACCACCACCACCACCACCACCACCACCACCACCACCACCACCAUCAUCAUCAUCAUCAAUGCAGGUAAUUUUGCCAUUCUUGGAUGAUGAUAAUUAUACCAGUUGACACAACUUUACCACCAAUGAGCCUCUUUCAGGCAUGCAGAGCCUUCCUCGAACUCAGCACGUGGCAUUGGACUCAUUCUUCUUCUCACCUUUACAGUAUCCCGAAUUCUAGAAUCAGCUUUGUUCCACUUAUUUACUGACUAAUCAUCGCUGUUACUCUUCUAAUAGUUGAAACAAAAAUCAGAAUUCAAUUUUGGUUAAAUUGAUCCUAGUUUUGUUUGUAUCAUGUCUGUUAUAAGAAUAGCUUGCAAGUUUCAUUUUGUGGUGUUUA